GUUCUGAGCCAGAUUUACCUUUUAGUUUUUCCUCUUUUUUCUCUCUCUUUUUCUUUCUUUAAUGCGUAUUCUAAAUUGUUAUUUAAUUUAACCAAUAUUUACAGACACAUGUACAUUAAUUAACUAUAAUUUCGGUGUAUGUUUAUAUGUAAUUUAAAUCAGUUGAACUUAAUUCGCGAGAAAUAGAAAACACCACAAUAAGGAGAUUCAUCUUUUUCUAUUUCUUAAUUUUCUCUUCUUCUGCUUUGGCCCUAAAAACCAUCAUCAUCAACAAAUCUUUAUUGUAUAUUGUGUUUUUUUUUCUGCUCCUUUUUUGUCUUGCUUCUCAUCUGUGUCUUCUUGUGUUUCACACAUACCUAUAUAUUCACAACCACAACACACACACAUACAUACACACACUCACCAACAAAUAUUUCUUGUUUACUACAUUUAUAUAUACAUAAACCUUGUUUCCAGAUCACACAUAUACCAAACCACACAUUUGAUUUGUAAUUAAUAGUAAAAUGGCCAAACCAAGUGAUAAUGGACAUUAUGUGUACUACUCUAAUGGUGAUAGUAACAAGACCUGUAUACUUGUCAAAUUAACUGAUUCAGCUUUAAAUGCAAUUGAAAACCACCUUUCAUCUAAUUCUCUAGCCUUGCCAAGUAUUACAUUCAAGUCAGAUACCAAUAAUGGUGUCCUUAGUUUUCCUGUUCCGAAAUCAAACCAUUCACAUCCGGAUGUUAACAAUGAAAACUCUGGUGGUGGACCUAGUGAACGGCGUUUCAGUUUUAAUUUAUCAAAUGCUGAAGCUGGUGGACCCCAAGGUAGUUUUGAAUGUUUACGGCAAACAGAUUCUAGAGUAUUAAAAGGUCUUGGUAGUAUACAAUACAAGAUGCAGAUUCAUGCCAGUGAAGAUAGUUAUGAAAGAACAAAGGAAAGGAUGGCGGAAAGUCAAAAUGAAUCAAAGAAAUAUUGUACAAAGGUUAUCAAGGGCAUUGGUUCAACUGUUGGAAGACGAAGUAAAGUAAAGAAAAUUACUGGUUUUAGUCAAUCUAUUGUUAACGGUUCCAGAGAUAAUGGUACUAGAGAUUCGGGUGGAGGCGGUGGAACCAUUAGUAAUAAUAGUAGCCAUCUUCACCAUUCAAGUGCUUUAUCCAGCCAUAAUCAUCAUAAAUCUAGCUCACCUACAGUUAUAAAGAGUAAUUCUAGUGGUGUGAAUAAAUAUAAUCUAUACCAUGGAUCAUCAAAUUCUACCACAAUCUCUUCUUCUUCUUCCUUGUCUUCUUCCUCUGGAACUGGUCUUACCUCAACAACCACCUCGACGUCUUCUUCUUCCUCCUUGUCAACAAAUUCCUCAUCAAUUUCCUCGUCAAACAGUCUGGCCAACAAUAUAUCUUCAUCAUCUUCUUCAAAUACUUCUUCUUCCCUAACAAACUCACAGCCAUCAUCGAUCAAUGGAUCCAAUUUAUCGAUGAACCGAGAUGCAAUUAAGGGAAACAAUUCAAAUUCAAGUACACCCAAUUGUAAUAUAAAUGCCAGUAAUAGUCGUAAUGCCAAUAGUGGUUCAAAGGUAACAUUGGCCUGCAAUCCUGAGCUUAUGAAGAAAUCUCUUCGAGAAAGAGUUAUCCAUUUACUUGCUUUAAGACCUUAUAAGAAACCGGAGCUGCUUGCAAGACUAAACAAGGAAGGUAUCAAGGAGAAAGAUAAGAAAAAUUUAAGUCAAGUUUUCAAUACAAUAUCCAAAUUAAAAGAGAAUGCAUACAAUUUGGCUGCUCAUGCUUGGCAUGAGGUACAAGUUGACGAUUGGCCAUUCUAUACACCCGAACAAAGAGAGAUUGUCCGAAAGCGGAAAACUCUUGAAAUUCAACAAAGGUCAUCAACGGGUAAAUAUGGUUUAUCUCCUUUAACUUGUCUCCAGGAUUCGUCACCAUCAGCUAGUUCAGUCGCAACGUCAUCUUCAUCAACCAAUAACACCAAUACCAAUAAUAGUAACAGCAUCAACAACAACAACAACAACAACUCAUCUUUAUCAUCAUCGACAAGUAAAAGGUCUGCUGAAACUGGUUCUAGUAAUAAAAGGCAACGUCUUAAUGCCAAUAAUCAAUCUUCCUCCAAAAGAGGACUUUCGCCAAAUGUCGCCUUAAAUCAUAAUACCAACAGCAUGAUGAACAACUCUACCAAUAAUAGUAACAACUUUAACAAUAGUGGUAAAAAUGACCUACCGGAUAUAAUGAGUGAGUGGUCUAUGAAACCAAGGAGUCCGGAACCAAAUUAUUAUACUAAUAGUGCCUCAAAUCAUAAUGUUGACAAUUCUGUUAACAACGGUGAAAAUAAUUCUGGUUCAAUGUCCAAAAGUUGGAUUAAUGAGAACGGUAGUGAUGAAAAUCGUUCAAGCCAUAAUGCCAGUGAUUAUUAUAGCGGUCGAUCAACAGUCAACAAUCUCUCGGAUUUUGACCAAUAUGAUAAUAGUCAUGGAAAUGGUCAUUCCUCACAUGAUGCUCAUCGUACAACCAAUGGUUACUCAAACUCCAGUGAAGGUGGUAAUCAAACAGUAAAUGGUCAUCAUUACAACAAUAAUAAUAAUCGUUACUCUUCAAACAACAACAACAACAACAACAACAACAACAACAACAACAACAAUAGUAAUAAUAAUUAUCAUCAUCAUGGUAAUUCCAUGAGCACAUCAAAAAGUGAUUAUAAUGGUGAUCUACAUAAUAGUAGUGGCAGUGGCAAUUCAAAUUCCGGUAACGGUCUCAAUAGUCGGAAAAGGCUUAAAAAUGGCUACAACAACAACAACAACAACAACAACAACAGUGUUAAUAAUAACAACAGCCAUAGUAAUCAUAAUAGUAACAUGAAUAAUAAUAAUAAUAAUCAUUCUCAUCAUUCAAGUGGAAUGGUCAACUUAUUGAACAGCGGUUCCAUGGUGAACGGAUCAAAUUGUUCAACACCAAACUCAAGUCCAGACAGUGGAACAGGUAGUAAUGAUGGUAACCUAUCGACGAUUUCUUCUAAGUCCUUGUCUUCCAUAAAUUGUGAAUUACCUGAUUAUGCCAUUAAAUUUGUAGAGAUUACAAGUGAUGAUCAAUCGCGAAAAUAUAAAGAAGAAUUUAAUAGUGAAUAUAAAGAAUAUCGUCGUUUACAUCGUAAUAUUGACCAAGUUGCACGAAAGUUUUCCGCCUUUGAAGCUAAAUUGAAAAGUUUACCGGAAGGAUCUGACGAAUGGAAUAAAACAUUAGAAGAAGUUUUCAAGGAAUAUGAUACAAUCAAGAAAGAUUACAAAUUCAUGGAAUCCAAACGACGGGUUGCCUAUUUACACGAGAAAUUAUCUCACAUUAAAAAAUUAAUCCAAGAGUACAAGUCUUCACAAGGGCAUCGCUCUACUCAUUAUAAUACAACAACCAUGUCUCAUCACCACACCAACUACAACAACCACCACAAUAACCAUAACUACCACCACCACCACAAACAACAAUCAAAUCAUCAUUCAUAAAUGGUAAUACCAUUGCCUGAUUACUUCUGUAUGUUAAAAGAGAUCUUCCCCUUUACUUUUUUUGCUCUUUUUUCUCUUUCUGUUUUUUUCUCUCUCUCUCACACACACACACACACUCUACUGUCUGCGAUAAAAAUCAACAAAUGGAUUAAUUCUAUUCUCUCUCUCUCUCUCUCUCUCUCUCUACCUUUAUCACUCUCUCUCUCUCUCUCUCUCUCUGCUUUUCUCUCUAUCUCUCUUGCCAUUGUGUUCUCACAAUGACCUAAGUAUUUAUUAGAGUUAUUACCCAUCUCUUUCUGCAAGCAAACAAAAAACAACAAAAAAAUAAUAUACAUUGCAUAUACACUUAAAA